CUCUAAGCCAAUGAGAUGUCAGAAUCUGCUCUUUAUAGGUUCGCUCUGGAGGUGAAGUAUAUAUAUAUAUCUCCACUCAGAAGGCCUCCGUCCAUCACUGUCUUCAAAGGUCGGUCUGUUUCAGCCUUCAGUGGUGACCAUUUGAACAUGUCUCACUCAGCUGCUCAAGGUAGCAUUGGCAGUCAUCCUGCCAUUGGCCUACACAAUCACAAGAUAUACCUCUACGAAUAUGAAAACUUCCAAGGCAGCAGGAUGGAUCUGUUUGGAGAGUGCCGUAACCUGUGUGAGAAGGGUUUCGACAGAAUUGGCUCUAUGAGGGUAGAGUGUGGACCCUGGGUUGGCUAUGAGCAGCAAAACAUGACUGGUGAGAUGUUCAUGCUGGAGAAGGGCGAGUACCCCCGCUGGGAUACCUGGUCCAACAGCUACCGGUGUGACCGCAUGAUGUCAGUAAGGCCCGUUCGAAUGGAUCCACAAGACCACAAGAUUUGUCUGUAUGAAUGUGCAAACUUUGAAGGCCGUAAGAUGGAAGUGUGCGAUGAGGAUAUUCCAAGCUUGUGGUCCUAUGGCUUCCAGGACCGGGUUGGCAGCAUUCAGGUUACCGGUGGAACCUGGGUGGGUUACCAAUACCCCGGCUACCGUGGCUACCAGUAUGUGUUAGAAUUGGGCCCUUUCAAGCACUGGAAUGAGUGGGGAGCCCACCACCCCCAGAUCCAGUCCAUCCGCAGGGUGAGAGACAUGCAGAUCCACCGCCGGGGCUGUUUUGAGCUGACGGCAUAGAUGAGUGAGAUGGACUGCGAGUUUACAAGAGGAAUAUAGCAAGAGCUGAGAUCUGUCUGUGGAAAUUCUCCUAAAAGACAAUUAGACUUGUUUUGUUUCUUUUAUUACGUUUAAUGAAAAAAUGUAAAUUAAGAAGGUCAGUGAAUGACUCUGGAUCAUGUGAGAAAGAAAAACUGAAGGAACACUCACCCAUAACACAGCACAAAUAAAAGGAUUAUGUCCUAUUUCUGAAUGGGGGAUUACAGGGUAUUAGUAGCAUCCGUUUACAAGGUUGUUUUUUGCAUUCAUACUACUUGAUUUUAAUUUUUAUCUGCUUGCUUUCGUGUAUUAAGCUGGAAUUAUGCCAAUGAUGCCUGUUCAGCAGAGUGCUCCCCUCUUUCCAAGGAUCCACCAUUUUUUUUUUAAAUGGUUCAUUUACAUCACUACUUACAGAGCACUACCAGGGACAGCUCUCAGAUCUGCAGUGCAGUAAGCUUGCAAGGCAGGGGAGGCACUAUCUCCUCAUCUCCAAGAGUUUACCAGGCGAUCUCACAGUUGAAGAAUGGCAGGAAAAAGACUGCAGAGUUGUCGUUUACUGAAACUAUAACCUUAUUCCAGCCUGUUUCUGCUCAUAGAUGGGGCUGUCCUGUAGUUUCGAGUUUUACUUUUUCUCAGGGAUGCUGGCAUCUGGAAAGCAACUUUCCAAUGGAAACCAAAUAAAUAAAAGAGAAAUAUCAGAAAA